AUGGCCAGGAAAGAGCGAACAUUUGACGGAUGCUGGACAUGCCGAUCAAGAAAGGUUAAAUGCGACUUGACAAAGCCAAUAUGCAUGCGUUGUGCCAAACUGAAACGAGAGUGCCUUGGCUAUGCUAUACGACUAAGGUGGAGCGACCCAGUGACCAUUUCAAAGGAUAAAAGCAUGACCAGCUUGAAACAGGAGGAUAAUGAACUAGAUAAUAUGCAAAGGAGGAAUGUCGACUUGAUGGUAUUUCCCCAGGACAUGCUCUAUGAGACUUAUGCCGAGUUGAAUUCGAUUUUGGAGAAAGUCGACGAUUCGGCGAUAGUCUCGGGACAAGCAAAAAUGGGACCGUUUAGGUGUUUUCGAUUUGCAAAUGUGUCACAUGGUGAUGGUGGAAUAGAAAGCAAACAGCAAGAAAAUGUGUCUUCGGUGGUGCCAUUAGCAUCACCGCCCACUUCACCAUCUCCAGUUCAACAAACACCACCACCCCCAAAAAGGCGAAGAGUGACGACGACAACAAUGUCUAAAAACUCGAUUUUUUCCAAAACCAACAAUAGCCAUGUCCAUUAUGAGCUUUUGAACUUCGCCAAGCUUACCAUAUUGGCAAUCAAAGGUCCUGAUUACAAGUUUAAUGACCAAAAUAUGUUGCAUAUAUUGUAUCCCAAGUUUUUCCCCAACAUUGACUCGGAUGACGCAUGGUUUGCCAAUGCAACCAUGGUUAAUAGCAAGCUAUACACAAGAAAGGGGAACGAAUUGACGUUGUACCCUUUAUUUCGCAAUCUUUUGGAUCAUUUUACUCCGGACUUGUUUAGUGUCAACCGGAUUGGGUUGAAAGAUAACUAUUUUCAUGUGUUGGUUAUUCCUUAUAUCAAACAAAUUGUGGGACAGUUUAUCUGCUGGGACUUUGCCUUUUGGGAUGUCAAUGAUUUACAAGAAUUGGAUGAAUUGGAUGACAAGCAAUUGUUGCAAAGUAUCAAAUUGUGUAUAAUUUAUCUUUGUUUGGGACUCAGUGCAUUCAAAGUGUCGGGAAGAACAACAUUACAUGAGAAGAAUGAGGAUGAUGAAUACAAAAUUGAUGAGCAUUUGAAAAUUAGUAUUGAGUUGCGUAAAUUGGGAAUAAAGUUGUUGAAUUAUCAUUUGGAUGAGUCAGAUGUCAUUGCUGAACGGCAAAAAGGAGACAAGGCAGUUGAAGAUUACGAUACCAUGCUACUUCUUGCCUUGCUUUUGCAAAUUGAGCUUGAUUGCAUGUUUAGUGUAUUUGAAAAUUUGGACUUGAUUUAUGCCAUAGGAGAUUUUGUCAUCAAGAAUAAAUUGGAAACAAGAACACGAAAUAGUACCAUGAACAAGUUUCUCAUCAAUACAUUCAAAAUCAAGUAUUUUUUCUACGAAAGUACCCAAGCAAUCAACUUGUUUAAUUACCAAAUGGAAAAAGAGGAUGAAUUGAGGUAUAAAGAUUUGAAUGAGGAUUACAAUUUGAUUGACGAUCUCGAUAGUGCUGAAGAUGAUGAAGAAGACGAUGAGAGUCCUACAGAUACUAGAUUCACCCCUAGCAUUGAGAACUUGCUUUCAGCUCGUGAACCAGCAAAAUUGGAUUAUGCGCCAACCGCAUUCACCAUCAAUUUCAAUAACAAUAGACAAUACAGUGCAGCAUACGAAGUUACUGGCGACUCAAGCGAGAGUUCUAUUCCUCGCAUGAAGUUUGCUCCGCGUAUGAAUACAAGAUUCACCACCACCUUGGACACGGAACUAAUCUACUUGAUGCAUGGGAUACCCAAAGAUUUACUACAUAUAUUUCACGACUCUAUCCACCUAGCCAAUCACAAAAACAUAUUCAGUGUUAAAAAGGUUUUUCCGAGGAAUUUUCCUCGAAUUUGUGCAGAAGUGGAGGAUAAACUACUACGAUGGAAUAUAAACCAACUGAGUUGGAAUCUAGAUCCCAAAAAUACAUUCCAUAGUUUUCUCAUCAGCCAUGUCUACUCCUUCCAUGAGGCAGUAAUCAUAUGCCACAAUAGAUUGAUGAAGAAGAAUUUCCACAUUUUGCAACACCAAACUAACGUUGAAAAAUGCUUGGACUAUCUAUGUCAAGCUGUGGAGGAUGCAAGACGGUUGGGUCUUAAUUAUAAGCCAAUGUUUUGGAAUUUACUAAUGGCUGGAUCAGUGGCUACAGAUAAUUCAACUCAAGAACGUAUAAAGGAAAUCUGGCAAACGUGUCCUGGAUUUGAACUGCAAUCAAAUUACUGGCGAGCAAAACAAAUAUUGUAUGAAAUAUGGAAGAGAAGGGCCAGUGGCGAGGAAGAAGAAGCCAAUCUAGGGUUUAUGAAUUUGAUUCGAGAGUGGGAUAUAGCAUUAAGCUUAGGUUGA